GGCUAUGUGGGUAGACGAGGCUUAUAAGAUCCCUCAUCAACGGGAGUUUUGGAGUUCAAAGGCCAAAAGCGUUUUCCACUCAUCACCUUCUCUCCUCUCUCACCCAAUACAAUGGGAAAAAGCAACAAAAUCCGGCACAUCGUGAGAAUCCGGCAAAUGCUCCGGUCAUGGCGCAGGAAAGCCGCGUCGCAGGCAGCAUCCCUCCGUUUGCCAUCGGACGUUCCUGCCGGACAUGUUGCGGUCAGUGUGGGGAGCAGUUGCCGGAGGUUCAUCGUGCGCGCGACGUAUCUUAACCACCCCAUUUUCAGGCGGCUGCUCAGCCAAGCCGAGGAGGAGUACGGCUUCGCCAACAAUUCGGGGCCGCUGGCGAUUCCGUGUGACGAAACUCUAUUCGAGGAGAUCCUCCAAUUCGUGUCCCUAGGCGACCCGGUUAAGUCGGACUUCCAGCUGCGAUGCUGCCACGUGGGCGUCAGGAAUGAGAACCCAGAUUUUUUCGGCGAAUCAAGGCCGUUGCUCUACGGGUACACUGCCUGAUGACUUCCCACUAUAAUCACAGCCUUUUCCUCACGUCGGAAUCGUUUUUCUUUUUCGGGAGGAAUCUCUUUUUCUUUUUCUUUUUUUUCUUUUUUUUUUUUUCUUUCUCGAUUUGUUUGCUAGGGAUAUUGGUAGGAGGUGCAAUGGGCCGAACCAUCUUCGAUCCCUAGUUCAAGACGGGGUUAUUUGCAACCGUCUAUUUCAAAUUGUGGAUCUUCCUUGAUUUGGCAAUGGAUAAUUAUCACAUGCUAAACUGUUGAUAUUAAACGUUGUCUUUUGUGAUUGUGGGGAUCCUCGAAAUUCACUAAAAUUUACUAUUCUAUUAGCUCACAUGAGGUAACCAGUUUUGAAUAGUUUAAGGAAGUAGCAAUGUAUUAUUCCCUUUGAAUUUUUCAUUUUCUAAUUAACUUCCUUAGUUUCCGA